AUGACGAGCUACGGCUGGGAUUUAUUGGAUGCCCUUCCGACAAGGAGGCUGCACUCGGACUCCUCCAGGAUCAUGCAUCGAGACGUGGGUUUUCGCACUCAGACCUGGUCCAGAGGAACCGCUUCAUCCCUCAAGCACAGUCCGCUAUCUGCCACCCUGCUUCAGAGGCCCUCGGACAGCAUGCAGCUCUAUCAGUCAGGAGCCUUCUCUGAGGACCACAUCGCGGUUAGCCUGAAUGAGAAGCUCCUGCUGCAGGGGCUGAACGACCGCUUCGCCGGAUUCAUUGACAAGGUCCGGCAGCUGGAACAGCAGAACCAGGGGCUGGAGUCGGAGAUCGCUGCUCUGAGAGAGAGCCAGAGCAACCGAUCUGGCCUCGCCAGCGUCUACGAACCUGAAAUGUUAGAGUUACGAAAUCUCCUCCUGGAAACUGAAAACCAGAAGACACAGUUUCUCCUGGAGAGCGACCACCUGAAGGAGAAGGUCCAGCGGCUAAAGGAGAAGUUCGAGGCCGAGGUACAAGCUCGUCUGGACACCGAGGCGAGCUUGCAAGCCUGUAAGAAAGACCAGGGCAACAGUAACCUGGUUAGGCUGGAGCUAGAAAGGAAGGUGCAGUCUCUGACGGACGAAAUCCUCUUCCUCAAGCAGAACCACGAGGAAGAAGUGUCUGACCUGUUCUCUCAGGUCCAAGCUUCGCAGGUCAGUGUGGAAAUGAAGGAUUUUACCAAGCCCGAUUUGGCCGGAGCCCUGAAAGCGAUUCGAUCGCAGAUGGAAGGGUGCACCAGCGUAAACAUGCAACAGGCGGAGGAGUGGUUCACCUCCAGGGUAGCCAAACUCAACGAUGCAGCAGCCCUCAACAAGGAGGCUCUACAGAGUACCAGGCAGGAGAUCAGCGAGUACAGUCGACAGCUCCAGUGCAAGAACAUCGAAUUAGAAACAUUGAGAGGCAGGAAGGAGUGUCUGGAGAAGCAGCUGAAUGAUGCUGAGGCCAGGCACGACGGAGAAUUGAUCCAGUAUCAGGAUGCCAUCCAACAACUAGAAAAUGAGCUUAAAAGUACAAAGCAGGAAAUGAGUCGCCACCUGAGGGAAUAUCAAGACCUGCUGAACGUCAAAAUGGCCUUGGACGUGGAGAUCGCCUCCUACAGAAAACUCCUUGAAGGGGAAGAGACAAGAUUUGGUGACUUCACUCCCUCAACAUAUACAUAUAAGCUACAGCCUAUAGCACACACAGCUUACGUGACAACCAAGACAAAAACCACCUCCACAAAGGUUAUGCCUCAGUAUAGGUUUGUAGAGGAAAUCAUUAGUGCAACAACAAAGGAAAUUAAUAUGGCAGAAUUGGAAGCUGUUGACUACAAGCCAGUGGAUGAUCAGGAAGUUAAACCAGAAGGUGAAGCAGCAGAGAAAGAGGAAGAUGUGGAGGAGGAAGAUGGCAAACCUAUAGCAUCAACUGAAGAGGAGGAGGAGGAAAAGGAAGCCGAUGAGGCAGAAGAUAAAGGUGAGGGUGAACAGGAACCAGCAAAGGAGGCUACUGAUGAAGAAAAAGCUGAUGAAGAUAAGGGUGAAGAGAAGGUUGAAAAGGCUGAAAAGGACAAGGAUGAAGAGAUUGAAAAGGCUGAAGAAGAUAAGGAUGAAGAAAAGGUUGAAAAGGCUGAAGAGGAUAAGGAUGAAGAGAAGGUUGAAAAGGCUGAAGAGGAUAAGGAUGAAGAGGUUGAAAAGGCUGCAGAGGAUAAGGAUGAAGAGAAGGUUGAAAAAGCUGAUGAGAGGGUUGAAAAGACUGAAGAAGAUAAGGCUGAAGAGAAGGUUGAGAAGACUGAAGAGGAUAAGGCUAAAGAGCUGGUUGAAAAGACAGAAGAGGAUAAGGGUGAAGAGAAGAUUGAAAAGGCUGAAGAGAAGGUUGAAAAAGAAGAGGAGGAAAAGGUUGAAAGAAAGGAUGAAGAGAAGGCAGUUGAGGAAAAAGCCAAAGUAAAGAACGGAGAGAAGGUUGAAAAGACAGAAGAGAAGGCUAAAGAAGAAAAAGCUGAAGAUAGGAAGGCAGCAGAAGUAGCAAAGGUUGAAGAGGCUGUAGAGCAGGUUAAAGAAAAGGACAGAGAGAAGGAAGAUGGCGAGAAGGCAGAAAAAGCAAAGGAUGAAGAAAGAAUUUCUAAAGAAAAAUCUGAAGAGAAAGAGGUUUCUAAAAUGAAAGCAGCUGAAGGGAUGAGUGGAGACUCACAGACAGGUGUCGAGCCCGUUGAGGGUAAACCAAAAGAAAAGGCUGAAGAGACAAAAGAUUCAGAAAACAAAGCAGUGAUGGAGCAAGGAGCCAGAGAAACAACAGAGAUCACAGCUGAGGGAGACAAGACCCAGGUGGCUGAGGAUACAGAAACCAGGCCCAUGGAACAUGCAGAGACAAAGUUAACGGAAAGUGGAGCUAAGGAUGGAGCAGCCACCACAGGAAAAGGCCAGUAAACAGGAUAAAGGGCAUAUAGCUCCAGAAAUUAAUGGCAAGCUGAACACGGAACUGAACGAGAAAUGCAUGUUGAUGGAGACACGUUUAAAGACAUGAAAAAUCUGAACAAAGUGUAUACUGAAAUAAAUAUGAGAUAAUCUCAGGGCAAUAAGCAGCUAAACUAACAUUGCAUGAACAUUUGCACUGUUAAACACUGGAGGCAUCACAGGCACUAGCAAUGGGGAUAUGUGGGGUAAAUCUGUACAAACGUGAGUGAAUAAAGAUUUCAAUCCAAAUUCCCAGUUCUUCAGAAUGACAUUAAUAUGUUCAGGGGAAAAAAUAACUUUGUCAAAGGUUAUAUUUACAAAGUGUAGGACAGUCUUAAACUGCCUCAUAAAUGCCAAGUCUAGGAGAAAUUACAGGAGGAGGUGGAUCCUAAACAGGGUCUGGAAGCAGACUUGGUGAGAUGGGCAAACUUAAGGAGUAGAGAUCCAGGUGAAGCAGAUGUAAUGCCAGCCUUCCCAUAUCUCCAUUGUUGUUUAUCAUCAAUAUUAACAAUUUAGAUGAUAAUGUAAAAUAUAUGAGCAAAUUUGCAGGUUACGCCAAGAUUGCAGUAGUAGACAGUGAAGAAGCUUACUGAAGCUUCAGCAGGAUCUCAACCAGUUGGGAAACUGGGCUGAAAAAUAGCAGAUAAAUUUUAUGCAGACAAGUGUGACCUGUUUGAGAGGAGAAACCAGGAAAGCACUUAAACAGAGACCUGGGUAUAGAGGUAUAUAAUUCCUUGGAAGUAGCUUCACAGAUAGAUAGGGUUGUCAAGAGAACUUUUGGCACAUUGGCCUUCAUAAAUCAGAAGACUGAGUACAGGAGUUUGGAUGUUAUGUUGAAAUUGUAGAGGUUAGUGGGGCUUAAUUUGGAGUAUUGUAUGUAGUUCCAGUCACUGAAGUAAUUGAAAGAUGAGGAGAAAAUUAAGUGAAUGGAAAAGAACAAAUAAAUUGUUCAGUGGGAUGUUGGCUCCAGAAAUGAAUUAAUCAUUAAGUACAUCAAAAUUAAUGUUGGGCAAUGAGCCAGUAAUGGGAGGCAGCAUAAUAUCCAGAGGUAUCAAAGGCACACACAAGGCAGACUGAAACCCAAUGCCAAGACUGAUCAAGGAAAUAACAAAAAAAAAAACACAAAUUCCUCAUGGAAGCAGCGGGCUGGAUAGGUGGUGGGGGGGGGGGGGGGAAUGAAGAGAUAUGAAUGCAGCAAAUAAGUCACCGGAGGAUACAUGUUGUCUAACAUUUCAGUCAGUGCACAGAAAUGGGACAGCCAGUCCACCAUGUCCAUGGUCAUCACUUGCACUAAUCGCAUGUACCAGAGUACCACGUCUUUGGUGAUGCAUCUCAACUGAUAUGAUUCAAGCAGCAUGUUCCAAAUCCCAACCCACCUCUAGUUGAAAAAAUUCCCCAGAUCCCUUAUAAAAUCUUCUUCUCACUUCCUACGUCCUCUAUAAUUUUAUACACUCUACCAAAGAGAUACUUCCCAUUAUAUACACCUGUUAUAUCUUUGUACCCAUUACCCAGGAUUACAGUGUCACAGCCAGUAAGAACAGAUGCUUGAGUCUGGGGGUCAGAAGUAUAUUCAGAAGAUUCAACAGAUGCAAUUCUGCCAAUGUGGACAUGGAUAUCUUCAAGUCUCAUUAGACAGAAAUGUAUGGCAAGGCAAAGAGAAUCAGUUACACAAAUAUACCAUCUCUGCUGUGCAAAUUUCUUUAUUGGUCACUGUCAAGCUAAAGGCACAUGACAUGGACGAAGAUAAUAAUACAAGGUUAAUGAUAUAUUCUAAUCAUUCAUUUUAUUUUAAUUCCCACAAACCCCUUGUUAUUUGUACUAGAAUAAUGCUCCAACCUAAUCAUAAGAUGCAGUCCUAAACCAGAUCUUCAUUGGCAUCAAUAUCGCAGCACAGAAAUCCCACGCCAAGUUACUUAAGCACAAGCCUAAAACAAUAACCUUUAUUGUUUACACACAUCUUCCCUUAAAUUAUAAGUCAGAUUCAGGCAAACCUGGAUUUCCACAGAUCCUUUCCAAGAAGACCCAAGCAAAUUAUUCGGAGUGUGUGGUUCAGAACGUUUCACAUCAUGUUAUUCCUCAUUCAGACACACACAACAGUAACACCGAGUAUUGAAAAUAAAAUUUAACUUCAGACCCUGCAGUAUCCUCAAUCCCAGAAUGAGCAGCAACUAGUAGCAGUGUACGAUUACACAAUACAGUAUGUUAACUUAGAUGAAUGUAAAUAAUCGACAGUGAAACUGCCACAACAGAAAGUGGAAUGCAUUUACCAAUUUACAUUUGCUCUGCUGUGCUGUUGCUCACUGCAGCUGAUUAUCAGAGCUGUUAAAAUAGUUGCUUACGAGGACCACAGAACUCCUCCCAUACCUCGCAAAGAUCAGCCCUCUGCUGCCACUGAAAUUCUCAGGGCAAUGAAAGCUGCAACACAACUCUAAUCAAAUGCACAUCUCUUCAGUAAUGAAAAGAAUGGUGAGUUUCCUUUCUAUUCUGUAAUUCCUCAACCCAUUCAGUUCUCAUGUACUGACAGGUUUCAAGAUUUUAUUUUUAUUGAAAUACAGCACAGACCCUCAGGGGUCUUUGAACAGUGCCAACCAGCAACCCCCAAUUGAACCCUAGCCUAAUCACUGGACAAUUUACAAUGACCAAAUUAACCUACCAACUGGUACAUCUUUGGACUGUGGGAGGAAACUGGGGUGCCUGGAGGAAAUCCUCAUGGUCACAGGGAGAUGUAAAACUCCUUACAGACAGCAUCAGGGGUUGAACUCAGAUCGCUGGUACUGUAAAGCAUUGUGCUAAUCACUACACUACUGUGCCAUGCAAUGCAAUAUGUCCAAAACACAACUUUAAAAUAUUGAAUUUUAGCUUCCAGGACUUUAUUAUUGGUAUUCAAUUUACAAAAUAGUUACAAGUAGAUCAAUUAUGAUGUUAGACUCAUCCCCAGAUUUAAAUUUUGCUUGUGGGUCAUUUCUGCUGCCACUGCAAACAGCCACGGGAAAAAUAUCAAAGUUUCACGGCAAUAGACCCCGACCUGGCAUCAGAAGGCAGUCAUCCUUCUUGCACUAUUCUCAAAGCCAAUAAAAACGUAGGGAAUGAAUCUUCAGUAAAUGUUAAAUGGGGAUGUGCCUGCUUUAGCUGCUGUACAGUGCUUUCUUCUUUUCACAACCACAAACCACCCUGAAAGGUGGACAAGAAGGAAGUAGGGUACAGACAUUAAAACUGGGGGAAAUUGUCUGAAAAUAGUGCCCUCCACUAUGAAGCUGGCCUCACUUGAGCUGUGCUACAGACUUAUUCCUGACAAUCUCCUCCACAAUGAUGGGUUUUAUGUUAUUCUCUGUAGUGAUCUGACAUUUUGGUGACAAACUCGUCAAGGAUGUGUAAUAAGAGCUACCUUUUAAUAAAGAAGGCAAUCAAGAUUUUAAAAGCAGAGUUUCACAACAGCUUCUCAGCAGUUGAGGUGCGACCAAUCAGCAAGAGGCAGUGUGUAAAAAGAGUUACCUUUCAGUUCAAGAUUUAAAAAGCCAAAUUUUGCGGCAGCAUUCUCACAGUUGGGUAACCAACAUUAGGGCACACAAAAGGAGCUACCUUUUAAUUACAAUAGCUAUUGAGAUUUUAAAAGCAGUUUCUUUGAAGUUUUUCCAAAUUGUAGAGUGUCGAACUUAGGGAGUAAGAGAGAUUCAUUAGAAAGGACCAAUGAAAAUAACAACUGCAAGCAGAGCAGCAAUUCUUUUUGACUGUGCCAGCCUUUCGAAUAGUUUAGGCUCAUCAGGCUUGUAAAUUACUGUCUUCUCAUUUGUUCAUUCUUCAUCAGUUAGGGCAUAGUAAUUUGGUCACCCCUAGAUAGCAAGAGACAGGUAACUGACUGACAUUUUAAUCAAAUUAGCAGAGGUGACAUAAGAGUCGUAAGGUGUUUAAAUAUUGUAAAUAGAACUAAGGAACUGCAAGGGUAAAAAGACCUUGAUGAGAGUUAUAUACAGGCCCCCAAACAGCAGUAAGGAUGUGGUCAACAGAUGACAACCGGAGAUGGAGAAUGGAUGCCAAAAGGGCAAAAUUACAAUAGUCAUGGGGGAUUUCAAUAUGCAGGUAGACUGGGAAAGUCAGGUUGGUACAGAAUCCCAGAAAUUUCUAGAAUGCCUAGGCUUGUUAGAGUAGCUUGUGGUUGAGCCCACUAGGGAAUCAACUAGACUGGAUUGUGUGUUGAGCAUCGAACCAGAAUCGAUUUCAGAGCUCAAGGGAAAAUAAUUCAGGACCAAGAAAUAAUAAUAUAACCAAAUUCACUCUGAAAUUUGAGAAGAAGCUAAAGCCAGAUGUAUCAAUAUUACAAUGGAGUAAAAGGAAUUACAGAGGCAGGAGAGAGGAGUUGGCCAGAAUUGAUUGGAAAAGAACACUGGCAGGGAUAACAGCAAAGAAGAAAUGGCUGUAAUUUCUGGAAGCAAUUUGGAAAGCACAGGAUAUAUACAUCCCAAAGAGGAAGAAGCAUUCUAAAGGCAAGUUAACACAACUGUGGCUAACUAAAAAAGUCUUAAGUUAAAGGUGGAACACGUAAACUAGCCAAUAAUAUUAAAGAGAAUACCAAACAUUUCUUCAGAAAUGAAGUGUGAAAGAGAGGCAAGAAUGGUCAUCAGACUGCUGGAAAAUGAUGCUGGAGAGGUAAUGGGGUACAAGGAAACAAUGGGCAAACUGAAUAAGUAUUUUGCAUCAGUCUUCCAUGUGUAAGACACUAGAAGUAUGGUGGAAGUUCCAGGUGUCAGGGUCAUUAAGUGUGUGCAGUUAACAUUACUACGGAGGAGGUUUGUAGAAAACAGGAAAGUUCCAUGUACCUAUCCAAGUCUCUUAAAAGACCCUAUUGUAUUCACAUCCACCACAAUCACUGGAGUUGACUGAUAAGGAUGAGCUCUCAGGGUACUUGCAGGCACAUGAUAAAAUAGGUUGUAGUCAGCAUGAUUUCCUUAAGGGAAAGCCUUGCCUGACAAAUCUGUAAUUCCAUAAGCAGGAUAGACAAUCUGUUGAUGUAGUGUACUUGGAUUUUCGAAAGGCCUUAACAAGGUGUCACACGAGGCUGAUCAACAAGCUACGAGCCCAUGGUAUUACAGGAAAAACUCUAGCAUGGAUAAAGCAGUGGCUGAUUGUCAGGAGGCAAAGAGUGAAAAUAAAGGGAGCCUUUUCUGGUCAGCUGCCGGACACUCGUGGUGUUGUGGCCUGUACUGGGACCGAUGCUUUUUACAUCUUAUAUCAAUGAUUUGGAUGAUGGAAUUGAUGGGUUUGUUGCAAAGUUUGCAAGCGAUACAAAGAUAGGUGGAGGGGCAGGUGGUUUGUGGAAGUAGAGAAGCAAUAGAUUAGGAGAAUGGGCAAAGAAAUGGCAGAUGGAAUACCGUGUCAAGAAAUGUCAUGCAAACACAAGGAAAUCUGAAGAUGCUGGAAAUUCAAACAACACACACAAAAUGCUGGUAGAACACAACAGGCUAGGCAGCAUCUAUAGGGAGAAGCGAUGUCGACGUUUCGGGCUGAGACCCUUCGUCAGGACUGACCGAAAGGAAAGAUAGUAAGAGAUUUGAAAGUAGAGGGGGGGAGUGGGAAAUGCGAAAUGAUAGGAGUAGACCGGAGGGGGUGGGAUGAAGCUAAGAGCUGGAAAAGUGAUUGGCGAAAGUGAUACAGAGCUGGAGAAGGGGAAGGAUCCUGGGACGGGAGGCUUCAGGAGAAGGGGGGGGGGGGCAAGAAGCACCAGAGGGAGAUGGAGAACAGGCAAACAACUAAAUAUGUCAGGGAUGGGGGUAAGAAGGGGAGGAGGGGCAUUAACGAAAGUUAGAGAAGUCAAUGUUCAUGCCA